AUGUCGGAUGAUGAAUCUAAAGUUGAGGUUAAGGAAGAAACCUCCAAGGAAGAAUCGCCCGUAAUUGCAAAGAUCGAUUUCCCACGUUUCGAUACGGAUGACAUUGAGACGUGGUUUAUUUGCCUUGAGGCCGCAUUCAGUGUUAAUGGAAUUAAACGAGAUAAAACGAAGUUUAAUGCGGUGAUCGUUGCGCUUGAAAAUCGUGCUAAAUAUGUGUAUUCGGUGAUCAAAUCGUGUAGUGAUUCGACUUCCACAAACAAGUACGACACGCUGAAAGCCGCGGUGAUUGCGCAUUUCCGACCCUCGGAAUCGCAACAGUUAACUAGCCUUUUGUCCGGACUGUCUCUCGGUGAUCAAAAGCCCAGCGCCUUACUUUCGGAAAUGCGCCGCUUGGGCGGAACCGGAUGUACGGACAGCGUGUUGGCCAAUCUUUGGCUACGCGCUCUUCCCAGUACAGUUACCGCCAUCAUCGCCGCUAUGCCGACCAACACAUCCCUGGACGAACAAGCGAAAGUAGCUGACAAGAUUCUCGAAGCCCCACGCGCGGCAACGAACGCCAUCACGGAUGAACACCCAGCGUCGUUGGAUCUGCUGGUUUCACUACAGGUAUGGCGUCCAAGCACGUAA